CAUGUGUAGAUGCUGCCGCAGUCGUGACGAGACCAGCUAUUGCGCGUGCGCAUAAUUCUCACUGACCGUCUUUCUACAGCCUCAAUCACUAUCCGCGUCUCUGCCUCUGUCCGGUGCCCCAGGGUCCGAGCUCUGGAGCCAGAUUCCGACACGUCGACCGCGCUGUUGCCGACCCCCGACGCCGAAUGCCAACCCGCACUGGACGCUCUCUAAGCACCAAAGAUCGCCGCGACGACCCUCUAGCAUACCUCUGUCAUGGCCUGGCAGUCGCCCUCGGCCAUGAACGGCGGCGGUGCCAACGGAGGGGGUGACGGCAAUGCGCCCGCCGGCACAGAGUACACAUUGCAGGGUGUUAUGCGAUUUCUACAGCUAGAAUGGCACAACCACGAGCGUGCACGGAAUGCCUGGGACAUUGAGCGCGCAGAGAUGAAGGCCAAGAUUGCAAAACAGGAGGGCGAGGUGCGGAGUGCGAAGAAGCUCAACGACCAACUGAACAAGCACAUUCGCAUGCUGGAACAGGCCCUCACCAACGAGAGAAAGAAGAAGAGCGAGGCAGCAGGAGGCGAAGCCGAGGCCACAACAGACGACAAGAAGGACCCUAAGGGCAAGAAGAGUGGCAUGAACUCGACGAAGCCUCAAAACAAGAAACACAACUCCUUCCUCGAUGUUGACUCGGAGUUCCUCGACCGUGCAGAGGCCGACCGCGAGAAUCUACGAGAGAAGUCGAAGCUCUACCUCACGAAAUGCGUGGAAGAGAUCACAUACCUCCUUACACCACCCCCGCAAGCCCCGCAACAACAGCAGAACAUGCAGCCCCUCGCAAACGGUAACGGCUACAUGAACCAUGGGGAGGCCUCAAUGGAAGAUAUCUACCUCCAACAACAUCGCCAGAGGCUGCAGUCGCAACUUCCAACCAUGCCAGGCACAUCCAUGCCUACCCACCAGCCUCCCAGUGUACCAGUCCCCUCCGAACUCCAAAGCUUGGCCAACCAGCAUCAAAUCCACCACGCACCGCAGAUGGCACGAGAACCCUCACAGCAACAACCACUUCCGUCCAACGCUGCCAUGGCUCAAGAGCUUCUCGCUGGACAUCAACGCCAGGUCCAGAACCAGCAGCAUUUUUCCUCAGUGCCCGAAGAGCAGGUUGAAAAGGUAACUCAUGCUUUCGACAACGAAGGCCGUCAAAUACCGAUUCGUGGGGAAGAAGCUUCGGAUGCAAGCCAGGCUGCCAACCAGGAUAAGGAUACAGAUGAUUGGAUCUUCGACCCGGCAUCGGAGACAGCUCAGGAUGGCCCACCGAGGCGGCCAGACACCGAGGAGUUUCCAUCAGCGGAUAGCAUCCCAGCAAAAUCGCCACCACGACCAGUCAAGAGGGCCAGCAAAGACCACGUUAGGCGAUUGAGCAGCGACCAGAAAGCACAGCAAGCCGUAGCUCAGUCAGCAGCAAAGAAUGACCCGCAAAGUUUCAAAGUCCGAUUUGCACUGCGCGGUCACCUCGAUGUCGUGCGGUCAGUCAUUUUCACUGGGGGCGGCAGUCCUAGUGAACCUGAGAUCUGCACCGCAGGAGACGAUGGCAUGAUCAAGAGAUGGAUGAUUCCUGCAAGCUACGCAAACCAGCACAGCAUGAACAAUGACCUCGACAUUCAGCCGUUCUGGUCGCAUCGAGGACAUGAGGGCACUGUGACAUCGUUAGCAGCCUGCCCCGCUUCUGCUCAUUUCGCUACAGGCGGAAGAGUCUCUGGCGAUGGCUGGAUAUUCUCUGGUGGUCAAGACGCUACGAUCCGCGUAUGGGAACGAGGCCGGGUCGAUCCCAAGGCCACCCUGGAAGGGCACACAGAUGCUGUCUGGACUGUAUGCGUUCUUCCAACCAACUGUGCUAAUCUCUUCGGCGCGGAUAGUAGCAAGUAUGGAGGACCGGACCGCGUCAUACUUGCUUCUGGGUCUGCUGACGGCACUAUCAAAAUCUGGGCCGUAAGUGCACCGCCUCAGCUCGUCUCACCGCAGACGGGAUCUCGACGUGGUGUUGGUGGUAGCCGAAGACAUUCGGUCACAUCUGGCUCGCAUCACCCAUCCUCACCGCAGCCCAGCAUUGCUACUACGACACCAUUCCAUCACAUGUUGAUACAUACUAUCGAGCGCGACACGCAUGCUUCACCUACUUGUAUCAGCCCGCUGUCACCCACUGGAGAGAAUUUCGUUGUCUCAUUCUCUGACGCAUCUAUAUUGGUGUACGACACGAGGACCGGCGAGGAACUGAUUGGUAUGGCUAGUAAUGAGUCAUAUGACGGCACUCCAGCGACUGGUAUUACAUCAGUCGUGACCAGUUCCCAAUACCUUGAAGGCUCUUCACAAGAGGCGGGUCGCGGUGGUCCUGAUGAGGAAGGUAUACACGGCCCGACCGGAUCUGCCAAUGGCGGUCUCGAGGGUGUUGUAAUCAGUGGGCACGAAGACCAUCUCAUCCGGUUCUUCGAUGCCAACUCAGGACAAUGUACAUACAGCAUGCUUGCGCACCCUGCAGCUAUUUCUUCGUUGUCGCUCAGCAAAGACGGCCGGGAAGCCGUCUCCGCUGGCCACGACGCUUCCAUUCGUUUUUGGUCCCUUGAUAAGCGCAUCUGCACACAGGAGAUCACCGCGCAUCGUAUCAUGCGUGGCGAAGGUGUGUGCAGCGUUGUUUGGAGCCAGGACGGUCGCCUUGUCGUCUCAGCAGGUGGUGACGGCAUAGUGAAGGUAUUUGCAAGGUAGCAUCCUGCAGAGCCACCAACUACGACUUCUCCUCGCAUUUCUGAGCCUCCGUUUCGCAUGAACUAUUGGCAUUUUUAGCUGGACAUACCCCUGGAUUUUGAUCGAACUGGGAAAGGGAAAGCAUGAUUGAUGGGUAUUCUGAUGGUGGGAUGGUAAUUUUUCGUUACUUCUCAACGCGCCUUUGGUAGACAGGCAUUCGCUGGCGCCGUGUGUUAUGUUGACUUCGCUGCCUUGUAUUAUACGAUUGGGAUGAUCGAGCUCAGCGGGAGACACGCAAGAGCCAGCAAGUCAGUAAUCCGACUUUCUCCAAUAGUUGACAGCGUGAUAAUGUGCGCCUGCCUGAACACAUGACCUGAGCUCAAUAGGUAGACACUGCAAUGUAGUCGUGACGUACGAGUUCCCUGGCCGCGGGGGAUCUGUGCACAAAGAGCC